CCUAACUUAAACAGAUGAAACGAGACGCAGCUAUACGCAACAUACAAAAUAACCCAUUCUUUUUGGUCCACUCGUUAAUUUAUCUUCUGCUUGCUUUUACCUUCUAAAUAAAUAUGAUCAAUGUCUGUUCAUUCGAUAUUGUUGAUGUGUUUUUGUUGAUAAUUCCUUUGCUUUUCCUGUUGUUGUUAUUGAUUGUCUCAUUACUUCACUCAAUGGUGAACGUUGUUGUGACAAUUUUUCAUGACUCUCUUGACAGAUAAUAACGAUGAUUGAUUCAUCUACCAAUUGGUGUUGCGAUUUUCUCGAACGAGAUAGAGUAAAGGUAUUAUCAGUUUCAGCCAUGAAUUAGAUAAAAGAAUCAUGAACAUAGUUUACAUUUACGUCUAUACUGUUCUUUUCUAGAUGGAACUUUAGAUGUUUGAUUACAACCAGAAAAUAAAUAAGAAGGAGAAGAAGAAGAAAGUAUGAUUACAAGUAAAGAUCAAAUUCAACAAGUUUUUGAAGAUUGUCGAAAUAAUGUGAGACGUCGUCCAUCCUAUUGUAUCACUAAACUACAUGAAAUUGCCAAUGAACUAAUUGGACACAUUGAAUUUUCGAGAGAGAUUCGAAAAGAUUUUGGUAUACUCCUAUCAUGUGUUAUUGAAAAUGAAGUACAAUCAUUUGAUGACAUUCGUCAAGAUAUUUACGCUGAUAUUCAUCGUCAAACUAUCUUGUAUUCAAUUGAUUUACUAUGUAAAUAUAUCAUGACAUUAGAAAAACUAAUAGUUAAUGACAGUGGUAGCAACAGUAGUGGUGAACAGUCACAAAUGAAAAAAUCGGUUAAACGAAAACGAAGUGGUUCUGUUCGACACAAUAUUGAUGAAAUUCAAGUAACUGAAUAUGUUGAUGAGCGAGAAAAUGCAUUAUAUUCGUUAACAAAAUUAAUUAAUGUGGAUUUUUCACAAUUUUGGAAAGAUGGGGAAAAAGUUGAAGAAGAAGUUGGAAAGUGAGUUUAAAUUAUAAAAACAUUUUCACUAUAAUAAUGUUCUGCUAUUUUUUUUAGUGUUGUAAUUGAUGUUUGUUUGAACAUUAUUGAACAUAAUACCAUUUCGGG